AUGGAAACUUAUUUUGGAGUUUCCUCAGCAGUAUUUUUCCUCUGGGUUAUGACAUUCAUGGCUGGAAAUUGCUUUGUAACAGGUUCCAUUCUUUCACCUUGCAGGAUCACAGGUGUAGGAAUUUAUCUUGAGGAGAAAGUGAAUCUCUCAGAAGCAAGUAAUGCAUGUAAUCAACUGAAUCUACAAUUGGCAAGUAAAGACCAAGUUGAAAAGGCUUGGACACAUGGCUUUGAAACAUGCAGUUAUGGAUGGGUGAAAGAUGGAUUUGUUGUCAUUCCUCGGAAAACAUCCAACAAGAAAUGUGGUAAAGGCCACACUGGAGUAGUGUCAUGGAAUGCUGAACCCUUUAAAACAUUUAAGGUUUACUGCUUCAAUUCCUCAGAUGUUCACAUUAAUUCAUGUAAACCAGAUCCAACUACAACCAUACCUCCAUCAAGUGCCCCAACGGACUUAACUGCAUAUUCAAGCUCUGCUUUGACGGAGAACAUCUCAGAAGUGCCUGGUGUGACUGAGUUAGAGAAAACCCUGAAAAACAGAAAAUUCCGCGUAAUAUGUGUAACCGAAACUAUAAUACCAACAGAGGGGACUACUACAAAAAUGCCAGAGGAAUACUCACCAACUGACUCCUCUAAGUAUACUUCCCACACUGCCUUUAAGAAUGAUGCCGUUGUCUUUGGAGGUAUCCCCACUGCACUUCUGGUACUGGCAGUCAUCUUCUUCAUUAUUUCAGUUGUUCUAGCAGCCUGCUAUAUCAAAAAGUACAAGAAAACAUUCCCAUUUUCGAACAAGAGUCAGCAAAAAGGAAUGGUUGAAACUACGGCUCUCAAAGAGGCUAAGUCAAAUGACAAAACACCUGAGAAGGAAACAAAGAAUAAUGGAAAAAAGGUAGAAGAGUCUAAAACCAAGUCCGAGGCCACAGUAAAAUGUCUAGAAGCAGAAGUUUAA